GAGACUGACUGGAGGUUAGUGUCGCCUGAGGGAGCGCGGCCCUGGGUCCCCACCGGCCCAGCAGAACACAAUCUGAAGAGAGCGGGUGUCAAGGCAGCCCAGUCCCUGACGAUAAUUCCCACCCAGACUACUCCGGCACAUCAAGGAAAGCGGAGCGGGUCAGGGGUCAAUGGCCUCGUCUCGGCUGCUCGCUGAUUCGAUAGUGGGAAGCACGUGACAGCGUUCACCCCCCCCCAAAAAAUCUCAAUGACGAGAAUAACCACCCCCCCCACCCCGUACCACUGCUGUGUGAGAGGGAGGGGAGCGACACCCCCGUCCCACUGCUGUGUGAGGGGGAGGGGAAUAUCCACCCCCCACCCUGUCCCACUGCUGUGUGUGGGGGAGGGGAAUGUCCACCCCCCCCCCAAUCGCUGUGUGAGGGGGAGAGGAAUGUCGUCCCCCUCCCACCGUGGCACUGGUCUGUGAGGGGGUGGGGAAUGACACCCUUUCCCCCACCCCCCCCGUCCCACUGCUGUGUGAGGGGGAGGGGAACGACCACCAUUACCCUCCCCUGCACAAAAUCCUGUUGUGAGGGAAGGAGAAGGGAGGAGACAGCCCCACCCACAUAUGCCAGUAUGAGACCAUCAGCUUCUUCCCCUUCUACAACCCCCGUGACAUUCUCACACCCCCUCAGCCUCCAUUUCCCCCUAUCCUCACUUUUUCCAUUGGUUUACAGGCAUUGUCAGGCAGUGCAGUGCAACUGAGCAGGAUGUCGGAGCAGCUUCACAGCAUCAACCUCCAAAACUUUAGCAAGUCACUGCUGGAGACACUGAAUUCCCAGCGCCUGGGUGGCCAUUUCUGUGAUGUAACAGUGAGGAUCCACAACACAGCUCUUCGAGCACACCGCUGCGUUCUGGCUGCAGCUAGCCCUUUUUUCCACGAUAAACUCUUGCUGGGUUACAGCGAGAUCGAGGUGCCUCCCCUUGUUUCGGCCCAGACUCUACGGCGGCUGGUGGAUUUCAUGUACAGUGGCUCACUGAUGGUCUCUCACGUGGAGGCUCUGCAAAUCCUCACAGCAGCAAGUGUUCUUCAGAUUAAAACCAUCAUUGAUGAAUGUACACGCAUUAUUUCGCAAAAUGCCCCACAAAAGACUCAGGGACUCCAACCAUUGGUCAGCCAAAAGAUGGACCUUUCUGAUGAGAAAGAAGCCAUUAUUUGCCAGUCAGUCAGUGACCAGAUCCACAAAUUUUCUAUGGGUUUAAUUGAAACAGCAUUGUCACCUCAUGGAACAGAGAAAGAUUUUGAUUUUGUACGCGGAGGUACAAAGAACAUGGCAACAAGUGACACAGGGUACAAAGCUGAAGAAAUUAGCCCUAAUCUGAGCAGACAAGUUCCACCUACACGACAAAAGGGAGUUGGAGAGCAGGCCAUUGCUGACCAGGAGAAUCUGUCUCUGAUGGACACUGGCCGUAACAGUGAGGUACGUGCUCUAUGGUACAACACUGCAGCCAAUCAGCGUCCAGAAAUGCCAUUUUUACCACAAGGCAGCCACAGUCGCAAGCAGCGCCAGCCAAUCCGCCUCCAGAUGGCAGAUGGAAGUCAAGUGACCAUCAAGGAAGAAGAUGAUGAUCUCCUUUACUGUGGGGAGAGCAUCUCCAGUGCAAGUGUCUCCGAUCAAACUGCUGAGCAUAUCAACCAAGGUGAGCAAACUGAGGAUAUCUCUGAGACAAAUGCCUUUGAUCCCAAUCAAAGCACAAUGGGGGAUCGAAGAGAUUCUGCCAGUCAUUUGAGUUUGAGCGGCAAAGGGGACGAGUUGGAAUUUUUCAAUGCUAGUGAUCUCUUACCUGAGGAACUGAAGUCCUUUUGGCAUGGAGAGAAAGAGGAGAAGGAACCCUCCUUACCACAAAACCGAAAAGUAGACUGCAAGUCCCAACUUGAUGCAUCCUACCAACGGCCUUCAACAUUCAUGCAAGACUUUCUCCCAGCAUCAGCUGUGCAUAAUAAUCCACGAAACCAAGGCUGCUCUGUGCAGUAUGAUGUUCAGGGAGAUAACAAUGCAGCCAGUGCUGCCAGUCACCGGAACCUCUUCCAGAUGAACCUUCCUCAGUCACCUCACCUUCCAGCUUUGCCGUCCACCUCACAGACAUGUAUGCCCAGCAUUUCAGCUCAGCCACCUUGCCAAAACCCGGCUGCGUUUCUAGAUGGAGGCCAGACAGUUCCAGCUACCUCUCAGGCCAGUCACAGUUCCAGUGAAACCGAAAAGAAGCCCUAUGGAUGUGCACAAUGUGGGAAGACGUUCAGUUCCAGACAGAAUUACGCCAAGCACAUGUUUGUCCACACAGGUGAAAAACCCCAUCAAUGCAGCGUGUGUUGGCGGUCAUUCUCGCUUAGGGACUACUUGAUAAAACAUAUGGUCACACAUACAGGAGUGCGAGCGUACCAGUGCCCGGUGUGCAAUAAACGUUUCACACAAAAGAGCUCCUUGAAUGUGCACAUGCGGCUGCAUCGUGGUGAGAAGGCUUUCGAAUGUCACGUCUGUAACAAGCGUUUCUCUCACAAGACUUUGCUGGAAAGGCACAUGGCCACCCACAUUAUAUAAACACGUGUGCGAGGCUGAACCAAGUAAAUUCCACACAUGCUGGAUUUACCUGGGAUAAUAUGCAUACUGAGCAGACCCUUUUCAUGCACACCAGGAGGUUGUGGUCAGAGUUAUAAAUCAGCUAUACAGCAACAGUGUAAACACAGGAUGGGGUAGUUGAGAAUACAGCGCAACAUCCCCCCCACCCAACCCCCAAAUAAAGCAAGGAAACUCCCCAGAUUGUUCAGUGAGUGUGCCAUCCAGGUGAACGGAGAGCAGAAGCAGUCAUUUUAAUUCCCAGUCUGUGUUGAGGUAACUCAUCUAGUCAGGAUACCAAAGUUGGUAUCUACACCAAUGGGAGGAGAACUAGCCAAGGUUCUAGUGUGUUAAUUUUGAGCAUGGACACAAUCAGAUUUAACUCUCGUGGUGAAAUAUUGCACAGAUAUUUCCAACCCAGGCUUAUGUUAGGGCAGGUCUCAUGGAGCACCACAUGGGUCGUAAAUGUCCUGCAAACCCAUUUCCAAAAAAUAGUUGAAUGAUGCUGUUAAAUUGUACAUAGGAAUUUGACAAAAGCUAAUUGAUCAGUGAAGUAAAACUGAUAUCAGAAUAAUCUCAGCUUUUGAGAGUUUGCAAACAGCAGUCGUGAUGAAUCUGCUCUAGUUUUAUAGCUCGUUGUGACAGCUCUUCACACUAGAUCAAGCUCAAGUUAUAUUAUCUUACUAAAUGAAUUAAAUAAUAAUUGGAACAGCUAGCUAAACCAGUCAUGUCAUAAUAUUUUAAACAUUGCAUGAAAUUUUUACUUUGUUAAUUAAUAAGAUGAGUGUGGUGUUCUGAUGUGUUGGGGGAAUUACAAUUGAGAGUAAAUUCCAAACAGAUUUCUGCUCAAUCACAUUCACCAUUUUCACCCUCUUCUCAAUUUGGUUAAAGUUGCAUCAGUUACCAGUGCAUUGUGUUUAGGAAAUUUUCCAGUCUGAGAAAGCACAGUCCUGUGACCCCCUCCCCUUCUCUUCUCACCACCACCUCCAUCCCACUCCCUCCAUACACAUGCCUCCCACUCCUGCAGUUUAACAGUGAUCACACUCAGCAGAUUCCUCAAUGUCCCAGGCAUUUGCUUGUGUUGAUAGAGCAUCCUUCAUUCACAAACCAGGGAUAGGCAUCCUCUCCUCCCUGAUGGAUACACCAGCGUUCUGCCUCAGGCAAGCAGGAAUAGUACUUGUUCUCAAUCUGAUACUGGGAAGACCCAGUCAGUAACCCUUGGUAAUAGGCAGUUUAUUUUAGUGUGUUCCUAGCCUGUUUACCCAGCUGAUGCUAACAUAUUCUAAGGAGGCCAGGUACACCAGAUUAUCACUAGCUUGUAGCCUGACAAUGCAAACCUUCAGAGCUGAGCAGUAUCCCCUGUGGAUGGUCACACUGGUUUUUGGUGUGUUAGUGAAAGGAUAGUCAGCUUGUUUCCUACUCCUGAUCAUUAGUCAAAGACCUUGAUUGGAGUUGUAAAUGUGAAGAAAUUGAAUUAGGUAAGGAUCCAGAUUGCACGACUAUCUCUUUCCCUUUCCUUUGGCAUUUACUGUUCAGGUCAGUAGAUGGAAGCACUGAGAAGUGAAGUCAAUGCCUAAUGAUAGGAAGUCUUGCAUAAACACAAGACUGCCUUUGUAGGAGGAGGGAGAAAGGAGAAGAAACUAAGACAACUUGGUAGUGAUAUAAAAAUCCCCAGUUUAAUACUUUGCAAAAAACCACAGAAAUGUCUACUAUUUUGUCUACAUCUGUGUGUAUAAGUUGUAUUUAUUGGAUCUGCAGGACAUUCAACUCUUCCAGCCAGACUGGAUAACAGUCCUGUAUUUCAAUACAAAAGAUAAAUCACAACAAAGCAAGGAGUGAUCCCAGGCCCUCAAAAACAGAGGGUCCAUCAGGGAGCUGUGAGCUGGAUUUUUAAAUCAUUUCCCUACAUUCCCUCCUGACUAACCUGUGUUUGAUCUUGAUCUGCAGCAUUGCUGAAACUGAAUCUGAAUCAGUUUUCUCGAUACUUUACCCAGAGGUAGAGAUCUGCUGAGUUUUACAGCCCUGCUCUGGCUUUGAUUUAAAACCACAUGGUGUGCUCCACAGUGUCGGGUCUGGAAUGGUAUGCUAUUCACUGUGGUAUCACUGUUGAUCAUUGCUGAUUAAAUGUUUGCCAAGAACUUGCAUUUCUAUAUAUUGCUUAACAAUAAAAUUAAGCAGGAAGAUGAAGUGAA